GAAGCAGGGUAGUCGCAGGAAAAGGCAAAGUGGGAAGUAAACAUAGCACUUAGCCUACCGCUAUCGUUCACUAAAAACUCGUCUCCGGAGCAAAGUCACUGUUAUUCUUAGCAUUUGAUGACAGCGGAUCAGAGUAAAUGUGUCUGGGUGUAGUUUGAUUUCGUCUGUGGAGUAAUGGAACAAGAAGGAGCCAUUAGAUGAAGUGACGCCGAGACCGACAAGUGUCCAGUGGUAUGUCACUCGUGACUCAGCGACAUAUUCUGAUCCCUGGAGUGGUAUACCCAUCCUCAAAAGAAGCACCAGAAACUUUCCAAGCUGGGGACAGGAGGCAGGUAUGGGGGCUUCUUCGAGCACAUGUGAUGGAUCCCAGGACAGUGGGAUCAGGCAAAAUGACAAGCAGCCUAUAAUUGAGAAGGAUGACAUUAAGAGGAGGGGCUCCAGCAGGAAACACAGCUCAGGAGAAACAGUACACUGUCCCACCUGCCAGGGUACAGGACGUAUACCCAGAGGGCAGGAGAGCAAGUUGGUAGCUGUCAUCCCCUGUACUGACCAGAGGCUGAGACCCAGACACACGAAGCUGUACGUAGCCGUGUCUGUUGGGAUUUGCCUCCUGGUCAGCUCCCUGGUGCUGUUCUUCCUGUUUCCUCGCUCUGUCCUUCUUUCUCCAGUAGCCGUCAAGUCAUCCUUUGUUUACUUCACUGAACAGGAUGUCCAAAUUAACAUUACGAAUGUUGUGAAUAUCACAAACUGCAACUUUGCACCAGUGCAGGCCUACAAUCUGACCGUGCAGGCCCUGAAUUUUGGUACGGUGGUGGGAACAGUUGCCAUCAAGAACGUCGCCAAUAUCCAGCCUCUGUCCAUCCAAACGUACUCCUUUGUGAUCCCCAUCAAGCUGACAGACCCUGGCCUGUGUGACUACUGUAAGAAACCAUAUCUUCAUGUCCACAUUCUGUAUCUGCACUUGCAGUCAGCUGAAGAGGUGACAGGAAACAGGAUGAGAGAGAGGGGGAGUGAUACGCAGUAAAGGGACCUGGGAGUUGGGAGUCUAACCCGAGUCCGCUGCAAAGGAUGCCUGUUCUACCAACUGAGCUAAAUGGCACCCCCAAAAUCUGUCUUUUUGACUUUAACCUUGGGUGUUGCCAUAGAGGAAAACAAAGAUUCAGACCACUUUUAUAAAGAAUAUAACACACAUUCAGAAAAGCUAUUUUGUGCAGUCAGUACUCUUGCAAACAAAACAUGAUAAUUGCCCGCCUCUGUUGACUUCACUGGUUGAAUCUUUAAACAGAAGUCAUUCAGUCAUAUUGUUAGGAUGGUUUGACUGAUGUCACUGCUAAGUCUAUCGCCAGAGAAUGGAUGAAUAACCAUUUACACUAUCUGUGUUGACGUCUGGCCCAGUGUGUGCUGUGAAGCCUGUGCUCACAUGACUCUUGGUCAACAGAUAUACAGUCCAUCACAGUGAUUCACUUAAGACUGGAUGGGGAAGAAAAGCAUCCCUGUGUUUGCCUCAAUGUAAUUAUAGCUCAAGCUCGUGUGAGUUUGUGUGUGUUCUGACUCAUGCCACCUUUGGGGGCAGAUCCCAGAGUCAGUACUGCAUUUGCAUGAAAAUAGUUCCACCUAAACUUCAACACUUAGGGAGUAAGUCUGCUUUUGUUCCUCAGACUAAAUAUGUUCAUGCAAAUGCCAUCUUGACUCUGGUGUUUGUUCAUAUAUUUGUGGUAUAAGUCAGAACACGUGCACACACAUUUGACGUGCCUUUACUCUGCUAGUUACAGCAAGUGCUGCUGAGAACAGCAGUGGUGCAGAAGGGCAAGGUGUGUGUGGGCCAGGGGAAGGUGUUGCUGACACACUGUUUUUUUUGGUCUAAUAUGCAUUUGCUGACUUGCGACCACUAGUGAUGUUCAAUUUGAUAUUUAGGACCUUUUACCACUAACAGGCUAACUAGCUCUAAAAAAAAUUCUGACUCCCUAGGGUCUGCCUGGAAAAAUCUGGCCAUUAGACAAAUUUAGAUGAUAACCCUUACUAUACAGGCUGAGUGGUACCCGAUAUGUCAACCUUUCUCUGACAACUCAACCCUGGGAAUCUGUGGAUGAAGUGCUCAACAAGACAUAGUUGAAUAUGUUCAGUGACUCUACAGUAAAUAAAUAUACAUAUAUUUUACUGUUUGUAUACAAUGUAAACACACACGACAGGAGUUUUUGGAUGUCAGGUUGGCUGUUUCCCUCUGCUUCCAGUCAUCAUGCUAAGCUACAUUAACCACAUCAUGACUCCAGCUCUGUGCUGAACACACACACUUUGCUGACACCUGAUCACAUAUCAAGCGUAGUUCCCCAAAUGCUGAACUGCUCCUUUAAAUUGCUAAUCUGUGUCUCUAUACCACUAAUGUUCUUGAACUUGAUAUCAGUGUCAGUUCAGUUCUGCCAUGUUUGGUCUUCCCUCUG